AUGAUUGGCGCGUACCCCGAUCGAAUGACGCUACUACGUGGCAAUCAUGAAUCUCGUAAAAUAUCUUCUGUUUAUGGUUUCUAUGAUGAGUGCCUCCAGAAGUACGGCCACUCCCUUAAUAAUGGUCACUUCUUCAUUGAACUCACGAAAAGAAGAGGGGUCACUGUUCAAAUUAGGGUCUUCGACGUACUUCCCGUUGGCGCUCUCAUUGAUGAUUCAAUUCUAUGCGUACAUGGCGGACUGUCACCAGAAGUCAAAUCGAUUGACAAAAUGCUUAGUUUGAAUAGAGCAGUGGAGCUUCCAACAAAGGGUCCACUGUGUGAUCUCAUGUGGUCUGAUCCAGAAGAGGGAGAGGAGGGAUGGGUUGUGAGUCAGCGAGGAGCUGGAUGGAUAUUUGGUGCUGGUGUUGCCAAGAGUUUCCUGCACACAAACGGUCUCGAGCUCAUUUGCAGAUCUCAUCAACUAGUUGACGAAGGCUUCCGGUACUUGUUCAACGAACAACUUUGUACGGUUUGGUCCGACAUAUUCUCUUGUAUAUUAGACAACAUUCCUUUGCUCUUCUAA